AAUUUCCCAGCGCAAACGUGGAAGAGGAAAACCUGAGGCGACCUGAAAAAGCAGCACCAGCAGCAGCGAGCAAGAAGCAGAAGCAGCAAAAAAGGUUCGCAACCCGUUAAAUUCCCCCAAAAAAAUAAAACCAGUGCUUCCGAAACCCAAAUCAAAAUUCGCAAUCUAAGAAAAAAGUGAAAAGAAUCGUGGGGCAAAUACUUUUUUUGCGCAAGCUAAAAAAAAGAGCCGUUAUGCGAGCGAGUGAGCUUACGAAAAAUUUCGCUGUACACCAAAUGUUUUCCCAACAGCACCGCUGCUGCGUGAAAAUUCCAUUUUCUCGCUAACAACAAAAAACUCGCCGCGAGUGCAGUGAAAGACCCAAAAGAUAUAAUUCCCGGAAAAAAUGGUGGACCAGUGAAAAGUAAAAGUGUAAGCAUAUCGAUGAAGGAAGAAAAAAAAGAGCAACCAACGUAAAACUACACACUCCCACACACGCAUUCUCAUACUCACACACAUACAUAUACAUAUACUCACCCACAUGCUGAUGCUCAUACAAUAUGCAAAUGCGGGUAAUAGUUGUAAUACCAAGACAUACUGAAAGCCUGAAUGAAACCGAAAUUAUGAAAAAAUGCAUAAAUAAAAUAACUGAUAUAAGGAAAUAGGCGAAAUCAACUGCAUUUGGGCAUAAAACGGCGCGCACACAAUCAUACACACACGCAGGGAAACAAAAAGAGCGAGAGGCAAUCGUCCGAGGGGCAGCCACAGCAUGCCGUACGAGUCGAUGCACCACCGUCAGUCGGCGGCCGCUGCCGUGGCCGCUGGCACCGCCCCCAACGGGAUGCUGGACGCCCUCAGCCUGCAGCUGCGCGAUGCGGAGAUGCGGCGCACGGAGAUCGAGCGGGCGCAUCAGGAAACCCUGGCACAAAUACGCAAUCUAAGCGGAAGCGCACGUCCCGAUGCCGAGGCGGUGGAGAAUUUGCAGUCGAGAGCUCGUGAACUGGAAAAGAAGGUUGCACUGGAAAAUGUGCGCUGCGAGGAGCUGCAAAUCGAACUGACCUCGGCCCUGAAGGCCAAACAGGCAUCCCGCUCGGCCUGCUCCGGAAUGGGCAGUAUGUCGUCCGGGACCGGCGCAACCAUUCCUACAUCGGCCAGCAGCUCCACCGUCACUUGGGCACCGACAAUCAGUCACCAAGACCAAGGCUCCGAGAUUGAUAUCAUAAUGGCGAAGAUAGAGCAGGAUAAUCGCGUGCUGGCCGAGCUGGAACAGCCUCGUACGUCAGCCAGCGCCAGCAUGUCAGUUCCGCCCAGUUCCAUGUUGAGCACGGUAAAUAGCGAAUUUAAAACCAUAUCAAAGAGUGAACUCGAAGAAGAACUGAACCGUUACAAAAGGGCCGUUCUAGGCGGUGGCGGUGGCGGUGGCGGGGGCGGUGUCGGUGGCGGGGGCGGGGGCGGCAUUUCGGCCCUGUCCUCCGGCUACUCGAGCCUGCCGCAUUCGCUGGCCUCCACGCUGCCCAACGGAGGGGCCAGCACCAGCCUGAGCGGCACCAGCCUCGGCUCGCACAGCGUGGCCGCCGCUGCUGCCGCCGCUGGUACGGGCGGCAUGGCCGGUGGUGGGGGCGGGGGCGGCGGAGUCGGCGGCCUGUCAUCCAUAUCGGCCCUGGUGCCCAACUCAAUCAGCGGCAUAUCCUCGAGCCUGAGCAGUCAUGCCAUUCAGGCGAUGCAGUACGGAACCGGACAGACGUCCGUAGAGAAGCUGCUGAGCGGAACUAGUGGAAUCACUGGCAUUCCACCCUUGCCGGUAAAUAUUCACACGAUGAAGGCUAUGCCGACGGCAUUAAGUCAGCGCGGAACAAUACAACUGUACAAUUUGCAGAGCACAACCAUGCCCCUCCUGUCACUCAACUCGCAUAACCUGCCGCCCGCCGGCUCGACCAGCUACUCGGCCUUGGGCGCCGGCGGCGGCUCCUCGCUGACGCACCCCUCCAUGGCCAACCUGGGCCUGCUGGACACCGGCGCCCUGCUGGGAGCCGCCGGUCUGAGCGGCCUGGGCGUGGGACCCGGCGUGGGCGGCAUCACCGGAGCCACCUCGCUGUACGGAUUGAGCGGCGGUGGCGGGACGGCCGGUGGACUGGGCAGCUCCUAUGGCCCGCCCUUCCUGGACGUCGCCUCGAGCGCCUCGUAUCCGUUCACGGCCGCCGCCCUGCGACAGGCCUCGAAGAUGAAGAUGCUGGACGAGAUCGACAUUCCGCUGACGCGGUACAACCGCAGCUCGCCCUGCUCACCUAUACCGCCCAGCAACUGGGGACUGGACGAGUUCACCGACGGCCUCAGCGUCUCCAUGAUGCACAACCGCGGCGGUCUGGCACUGGGUGCUCUUGAUUUGGACACACGCAAUCAUGGCUUGAAUGGCGCCAGCGAACCGCAGGUGGACAUGCUGGAUAUUCCUGGAAAAGGCCGCUGCUGCGUGUUCAUAGCCCGCUUUCCCUACGAUCCUCCAGAUGUUCAUAAUGAAUUCCUUUCCAUGCCUUGCAGGGAGGCUGAGGGCGAGCUCUCCCUGUGCGCCGGCGACUAUCUGCUGGUGUGGACCAGCGGGGAGCCCCAAGGUGGCUACCUGGAUGCGGAGCUGCUGGACGGACGACGCGGCCUGGUGCCGGCGUCCUUUGUGCAGCGCUUAGUAGGCGACGACCUCCUGGAGUUCCACCAGGCGGUGCUGUCGACGCUGCGCGAUGCCGAGGACGGAUCCGGGUCGCUGCAGUGCGACACCACAUCGCUGCCCUCCUUGCCGCCGCACAAUCCAUUGCUCACACACACCCACGAGGACCUGGCUCGUUUGAGUGAGACGCACACCGAUCUGGAGCACGACCAGGACGACAUCAGCGACAAUGUUCCAGCACCCAAGCACUUGACGCUGGAACGGCAGCUGAACAAGAGCGUGCUCAUUGGCUGGUCGCCGCCGGAGCCAGUGGGCUACAACCUCAUCGACAGCUACCACGUCUACGUGGACGGCGUGCUCAAGGUCACCGUGAAGGCCAACGAACGCACACGCGCGCUAAUCGAGGGCGUGGACUCCACGCGGCCGCAUCGCAUCAGCGUGCGGAGUGUCACCCAGAACCGGCAGACCUCGAGGGACGCCGCCUGCACGAUGAUCAUCGGGCGGGACACCGCCCACCUGGGCCCCUCGGCGGUGCGCGCCUCGCACAUAACGUGUUCCUCGGCGGUCAUCUCGUGGCUGCCGGCCAACUCGAACCACCAGCACGUGGUGUGUGUGAACAAUGUGGAGGUGCGCACCGUCAAGCCGGGCAUGUAUAGGCACACGAUCACCGGCCUGGCGCCGAGCACCCAGUACCGGGUGACGGUGCGGGCCAAACACCUGCGGGCCGUGGGCCAGCAUGCGGCCAACGUGGGCCAGCCCGGCAUUGCCGGCAGGCCGGGACAGGAGGAGGCGCCCGGGGCGUACGCCGACUUCCGCACCCUCACUAAGGGACUGCCCGAUCCGCCGCAGGAGAUCCAGCUCGAGGCCGGCCCGCAGGACGGUACCAUUCUGGUGACAUGGCAGCCGGUUAACAGGCCCACCUCGACGGGGCCUGUAACCGGCUACGCUGUGUACGCCGAUGGUAAGAAGGUCACCGACAUCAACUCGCCCACCGGCGACCACGCCCUCAUCGACAUCGGCAAGCUGGGCGUCUUCAAUCCGCGCGCCGUCACCAUCCGCACCAAGUCACGCGAUUCCCAGUCGGCGGACAGCGCGCCCAUCUUGAUACCCAAUACUGUGCGCAAUGCCGUUGCCCGAAGGGUUCCCAACCAGAUGGGCAUGGGCAUGGGUCCGCAACUGCCGCAGGGACCGCACGGGAUGCAGCAGCAGAUGGGCGGGAUGCCCGGCCAGCCGGGUCAGCAAGGUCAGCCGGGGCAGCACAUGAUGGGGCAGCAGGAUCACGGCCAGUACGAUCCCAACCAGAUGCAGCAGCAGGGCAUGCAGCCGCAGCCGGGUCAGCCGGGCCACCAGCCCGACGGAGGCUCCGGCUUGUUAGGUGGCCUGCUCGGUGGCCUCUUCUCGAAACCCACACAGACUCAAGUGAACCAGAAUGGCUACCAGCCAGGGGCACCAGGAGCGCAGCGGGGCAUGGUUCCGAUUCCGGGAAGGGCGCAGGGACCACAGCAGCAGCAGCAACAGCAGCAGCAACAGCCUUACGGACAACAGGGUCCCAUGGGCGGGCCACGCUUUCGAGGACCAGUUCCGGGCCAGCUGAAUAUGCAGGGUCAAAUGGCUGGGCAAAUGCCGGGUCAAAUGCCGGGUCAAAUGCCGGGUCAAAUGCCGGGUCAGAUGCCUGGACAAAUGCCUGGUCAAAUGCCAGGACAGAUGCCCGGUCAAAUGCCGGGACAGAUGCCCGGUCAAAUGCCAGGACAUUUGCCCGGUCAAAUGCCUGGCCAGAUGAUGGGACCACGAGGACCGCUCAACCAGCAGCAGCAACAGCAGCAGCAGAUGCAACAGGGCCAGAUGAUGCCCGGCCAGCAGCCAGGACAACAGCAGACACAACCCGGACAGCCGGGACAAGCGGGCCAGAUGCCCGGGGCCCAGAAGAAACCACGCUACUUCGUGGCCAUGUUCGACUACGACCCAUCCACGAUGAGUCCCAAUCCCGAUGGCUGCGACGAAGAGUUGCCCUUCCAGGAGGGCGACACGAUCAAGGUAUUUGGUGAUAAGGACGCGGAUGGCUUCUACUGGGGCGAGCUGCGUGGUCGCAGGGGCUAUGUGCCGCACAAUAUGGUCUCCGAGGUGGAGGACACGACCGCCUCCAUGACGGCCGGUGGCCAGAUGGCCGGCCAAAUGGGCCAGGGUCAAGGUCAAGGUCAGGGAGUAGGAGCGGGCGUGGGCGUGGGCGGUACCGCCCAGGUGAUGCCCGGCCAGGGUGUUCCGCAGCAAAGCAUGCGCAACGUGAGCCGCGACCGCUGGGGCGAUAUCUAUGCCAAUAUGCCGGUGAAGCGGAUGAUCGCGCUCUACGACUACGAUCCCCAGGAGUUGAGUCCCAAUGUGGAUGCCGAGCAGGUGGAAUUGUGUUUCAAGACGGGCGAAAUCAUACUCGUUUAUGGUGAUAUGGAUGAAGACGGUUUCUACAUGGGCGAGCUGGACGGCGUGCGCGGCCUGGUGCCGUCAAACUUUUUGGCGGACGCACCCGACCAGUACAACAACCAGAUGGGUCCAGGCGGAGUGGCCGGCCGCGGCGGGCUGAGCCAGAGGGGCAGGGGUCAGGGGCCAGGAGCGAGGGGUCCGCCGCCCCCGCCACGAGACAACAUGAUGCCCGGAAUGGGCGGUCGCGGCCAGCCGGGCAAAAAUGCUCGCCCUGCUUCCCCUACACUGUUAGACAACACGGGCCAUCCUGCCCCCGAUCACCAAACGCAGGGGAUGAUCGGUCGCGUUGGUAAUGUCGGCCUGCAGCAGCAACAGCAGCAGCAGCAGCAACUUCAACAGCAGCAGCAGCAGCAACAGUACGGUCAGCAACAGACGCAGAUGGGACAGCAGCAGCAGCAACAACAGCAAAUGGGACAACCUGGAAUGAUGGGUCAGCAGAUGGGACAGAUGGGGCAGAUGGGCCAAAUGGGUCAGAUGGGCCAGAUGGGUCAGAUGGGUCAGAUGGGCCAGCAGCAGCAACAGCAACCGCCGGUGACGACACAGGCGCCGACGGGCGGCCUCUUCUCCGGCGCGACUAGCCUGCUCUCUGGUGCUACCUCGGCUGCCACCGGUGGUCUAUUUGGGUCGAAGCAACCGCCCAAGACGGAUCCAAUGCAACCACCCGGCGGUGUGCAGCCAGCGCAGCAACAAGCAAACGCCUUCGGUGCCCAACAGCCCGGAAUGGGCAUGCAGCAGGGGAUGCAACCCGGCAUGCAACCCGGAAUGCAGCCCGGAAUGCAGCCCGGCAUGCAGUCCGGCAUGCAACCCGGAAUGCAACCCGGCAUGCAACCCGGAAUGCAACCCGGCAUGCAGCAGCAGCAGCAGCCACAACAAGUGCCACCGCAAGCCCAGGCUCCGCCUCAAGGACCGGGCGCCGGAUUGCUGGGCGGGCUCAAGGGCAUCGCGGCAGCGGCGCCCGGCGGCGACGUCCUAUCGAAAGGCAAAGAUCUCUUCGGAAAAUUCGGGUUCGGCUUUGGCAAAUAACCCCGGUCAUUCUAUAGGGUCCUGUUAUAUUAUUCGUAGAUUAGACUUAUUAUUACUAUUAUGAUUAUGAUUAUUGCUAUUGAUUACGAUUACUAAGCUAAUAUAUAUGAAGAAAGAAACACUGACGAGGAGUAGGCAAGCAGACAAACCAAUGCUAAAGUUAAAACCCAUACCCGGUCCGCUGUAGGCCAAUGCAUAUGUUGUUGUUGAUAUGAUAUGAUAUGACUAAUAGUACUAAUGGUAAUAUUUUUUAUUAAUUAAAUUGAUAGAAAUAUUAUGAGUGACCGACAGACAACAGCAGCAUCGGCCGCACAGUCGGGACAGAAACAAAGCCACAGGCCCAAAUAAAUUUUUGUAAAAUUAUUUAACAAAUUGCCUGCCGGUUUAGGUGACUGCAACUCGAUAAAGAUUCCACUUACCCACUAAAGGAAAAGCUCUAUAAUACAAGGCCAGGUGGAUUCUCCACCUGCAGCCACACCUACAUCCAUACACACAGAUGCAAUACACACUCACAUAGAUACGGAACACACACAUAUAUUAUACAGAUACAAAUACAAAAAUACAUAUACAAAUACAAGGAAAGGAGGAGAAAUAUAUUAUAUACAUACAUUAUAUUUACAAUUAUUUGUUAACGCACAUUGUUAAAUUUGCUACUGUUGCUGACCAGUUUAUAAAUAAAAACCAAAAGAGGAGGAGAAGAAAAAGAAGAUAAAGCAAACACAUAAGGUAAACUAAACCGAACAUAAACAUAAACAUACAUAUAUUAUAUGUAUAUAUUUAAAGUAUAUUGAAAACUAAAUUACAUUUAUAAAUCAAAACACAAACGAAUGUUGAGCAAUGUCAGACAAGCGGAAAGACGCCGAACAAAAAACAAAAAUGCAUACAUUAAAUUAAAUAAAUAAAUCGAUAUGGUACAUAUUUACAUAUAUUCGCAUAUACUAAAUACGAUUUCGCAUUCAAGCCAACCUCCAAUCGGGCGCAUUUCCAAGACCUUCCAAGACCUUGACUUCCAGUCCAGCACAAGAAGAGAACUUUCCCCUCGUUUCCAACCAAGUGAUGGUUCCAGCCAAAUCCCAAAUCCCAAGUCCCGAAACACCCAAAACCCAACACCUAUGAACCCCAAUUCCAGCCUUCGACUGCUCGACUUAAACAUCUAUUCUACGCCCCACUUCUUUCAGUGUUUGAUGUCCAUAGAAGCCAUAUGCGAUAAAUAUCAGUGUAACUUAAAGCAAACCAAAGACCAAGAGAGAUCCACUCCUACAUACAUACAUAUAUGGGAUACCCAAUGGCAAAUACAAAUAUAAUGUACUAAGCACAAGAUCGUAGCGUUAGACCCAGGAGACAUGUUCACUAAAUUCAGCCAGAAGACCCUUUCCCACUUACUUUAUCAACUUAGGGGCGGCUUACACUUGCCACUACUUUCCAUCGCUGUCUACCCCACACCUAUCAAAAUACACCCUUUCGAUCGUUAUUUUAAUACUACCUAAUACCGAUAGUUAGUUACUUGCAUACGCCGCAUACGACUACUUCUGUUUCCCUCUUUCGGGGAACUUUGCUUUUAUCCGGUUCGAGAAAAGAAAGUACUAAGCUGUUUCCUAAUGUUUGAAAAUUGCUUUGACUCAGCCUUCAUACACUCAGCAUACACAAACAAAUACAUCGCGUACCUCUUGCUUUACGAAAAUACAAACAUUCAAGAAAUGGAAAGUAUAAAGAUAAACAAAUAAAAUAUAUUAAUGACAAAAUUUAUCAAAACCAAAACAAAUAUAUUAAACAAGGCAUAUUUAAAGAGCGCAUAGAGUUGCAUAUGUACAUGUGCUUGGCCGGCAAAAGAAAUAAUUGUGAGCAAAUGAUUACUUUAGACACACACUUACCACACAGAACACAUGGAAACACUGUAAAUUGUAAACUGGCAAAUAGUAGGCGGGCAGACAUAUAUGUUAGGUAUCGGAAAUAGCCCGGAAUGUUGAAGGGGAUGGACCCAGAAGGACUUACUGAAACCGAAAUCGAAACAAGCGUUAACUUUUCCCACGUAAAUGAUUUAAAUCUUACAAUCAAGUCACUGUAUUAGUCAGCCACAUCGGAUAGACAAUUACAAUCUACAAGCCUAACUUCGGCGUCCACCGAAGCCGGAAAGCCGCCGCAUCCGGAACAAAUAUCGCAUCCGGAAUGCGGGGGCGGACCGGAAACACACAGAUACAGACAGAAGGACACACAGACACACUCUAUAAUCAUUUACUAGACACAUAUACAACUAUACAACAGUUUAUUUCCUCGGAAACAAAGCGAUCAAUAUAGAAUAAAUGAAAACGUAAAUUCCCAUUAAACACACUGGCAAAAAAACAAUGAUAAUGGCAAAGUGUACUAUGCAAUAUGAAAUGGAUAAACAAAACAAAUGAAAACAAACUAAAUUGUUAUACUGUAUUAUUAUACUUUUUCUAUAAAUUAUAAUUUCCUUAUUGAACGACAAAAAAGCGAAAAAAUAAUAAUUAAACAACAAUUUCAAAAAAAACAACCGGCAUUUCAAUUGAUUUAAUGAGGCGUCAAUUGAGUUUUCAGCGCAGUUCCAUGGCAUUACUCAUACGACACGUAUGCCAGACUAUAUAUCUGAAUGUCGCGGCACGAG